AUGUUGUGUGGUAAUCGGGUUAUCGUUGCGUUGGGUGAUUAUGGUUGCCGCAGUGAAAGCAUGGUUUCCCCUCAUGAAAGGAUCAACGGUUUGAUGGGAGCUGCAGUUGCUGACAGUGCCGAUGGCCAUGGGUUCGCAAAGAUUGUGUAUAAGAGACGAUUAGCAGAUUCACGUACAGUGGUUCAAUAUUCAAUCAUGGGACACAUUUUGUCAUAG